UUGUUUAUCAAAACUUUUUUUUCUCUUUAUAUGUUAUAUGUUAUAUAAAUCAUAUUAUAUAAAUCUUUAUAUGUUAUAUUCAUUCAGUUCGUCAUAAAAAAUUGUCAAAAACAAGCAUGAUUUUCAGACAAUCAUUAUACGCAGUAAAAUUGAUUCAUGUGAUCGUAUUGCAUACAAUGUAAGCUCUAUUUAAGAGGACAUUCUACUUUCUCGGUUCAAAAAUAUUGAUUUUCUUAUUAUCUUAUUCGAAAGUAUAUACUUUCGAGAAUAUGCCCCUAAAUUUUUAACUAGAAAUUCCAAAUAUUUGCAAAGUUAUAGGCCUGAGAGCCAACCCAUCUCUCGCAAGUAAAAGCGUGUCGCUCCCCUCUCUCGGGGCACUUCUAUUAUAUCUGGUCUCAACCGUCUGCUGUAUUAUUAUUGUAAAAAAUACGAAUAAGAAAUGUUUGUUGUUAUACACAAUACAACAACAAAUUUAUGUAUGUAAACUUAUGCAAAUUAUAAACAUUCUAAUUUUCCUUCGAGAAGGUUAGAAAAAUUUGUUUUGCUGUAGAGCAUUCAGUUUUCAAGCAGUUUUCGAAAGAGACAAAUCGUUUUAAAAUGGAUCAAAAACACGGUAAAGUCAGCGAAUCAAGACCAAGUCGUUCUCGAAAAAGAAAAUUUGCCGGAAAUCAGCACACAAAUAAACUCAGUUUGGAGUCUGCAAGUACGUCAGCAGAGAAAAUAAAAGAAAGUGCAGAUUUGUGUGUAAAUAUUGAUCCGAAUAUGAAUUAUUGUAUAUUACAAAUUUACUCUUUUUUGUUUUCAUCGCAUUACAAGAAAUAUUGAUAUGCAAAAAUUGUAAUAGCGAUGUGAAAUUUUACAAACGUGACGAACGAGGAUUAGGUUUUAAAAUGAGUGUCGUAUGCUCGUGUAAUAAAGACAUUUUAAUUGAUUCCUGCCAAAAAAUUGCGAAAGCCUACGAGACGAUUCAUUUUUGCUAUGAGACUAAUCGGCGUUGGUCCGCAAGGAAUAAAUAAUUUUUACGAACUUAUGGUUUUGGGAGCAGGCUUCAAUAUCAACACCUACUACAAGUGUAUAGAUUACAUACAAGUGGUAGUUGACGCUGUUUUUAGAGUCAUUCUUAAUAAAGCUGCAGAUGAAGGAAAAGAAAAAAACAAAGACGCAGGGAAUAUUGAAAAUGAAUUGUCUGUAUCGGGAGACGGAUCUUGGUCGAAGCGUGGCUUUAUAUCUCUGUUGGGCAUUGUUUCUCUCAUCGGAAAGUACAGCAACAAAAUUCUAGAUGUAGUUGUAAAAUCAAGCUUUUGCAAGGCCUGUGCUAUGUGGAAAGGUAACACAAUACGGUCGAAUAUGCAGCAUUUUAUGACGCACACAAGGAAAGUUGUAUGGUAAAUCAUGAGGGAAGCGCUGGGAAAAUGGAGGUGGAUGGUGUGUUUGAAAUGUUUCAACGUUCGGAAGACUUACAUGAUGCAAGAUAUCGGUAUUACAUCGGAGAUAGACACAAAAAUCUUCAAAGUUUUAUUAGACAAACAGCCUUAUGGAGAAGAAUUUAUUGUUAAAAAAAAAGAAUAUAUGUUAUAUGUCAAAAAAAGAAUGUAUAGAAGAACGUAAGAAGUUAAAAAAUUACUAAUUCAACAAAAUAAGCAAAAACAAAAGGAUGCAACAAGCAAGUACGAAAACAAAAUCGAAAAGAAAAUCAGAGCCUAAAAAAGUGCACUUAACAAAUAAAUUGAUACAGGAUUUAUUGUUAUACUACGGCUUAGCAAUACGUCGUCACACAAACUCUAUUCAAAAUAUGAAAAAAGAAAUUUGGGCGACUUUUUUCCACAAAAUUUCAACGGACGAAGAGCCGCAACAUUCGCACUGCCCUGCCAACGCUGACUCUUGGUGUAAAUGGCGACAACACGAAGCUGCGGGUACUGUGUGUGAUUUCACACAUCCACUUUCAUUACAUGAUGACGUUCAAAAAGUGCUAGAAAGAAUUUAUGAAGAAUUAACGGCAAACGAACUUUUGGAAUGGUGUUUAGGAAACAACACGCAAAACAGCAACGAAAGCUUCAACGCGUGCGUGUGGCAUUUAGUUCCUAAACACAUUUUCACUGGCCGAAAAAUACUGCAAAUAUCUGCAUAUACGUCUGCAUGUGUAUUCAAUGAAGGCUUUUGCACUCUUUUGAGAAUAAUGGAAGUGAUGGAAAUUACAAUUCGACCUGCAGCCGUUCAACUUGCACACAAGCAGGACGGCCAACGCAUCGCGCAAGCCAACCAUCGCAGCACCGACGCCUCUAAGAAAAGCAAAAUAGCUCGCAGGGAAGAGAGAGCCCUUGAGAACGAAGCCUACGAGGAAUAUGAAGGCAUUUUAUUAUUCUAACGACUGCAAUUACGUCCACCAACGAGCAUGAAGUGUUUGGAGGCGCUUCCGCAAUCGAGAAAAACUCGUAUAAAUAAACUUAUUUAAAACAUGAAAACAAUUUUUUUGUCUAAUUUAAAGAUACUAUAAUAUAUUGCCAAAAUUGCUGCGUUAUUUUCUCAUAAAAAAAAAUUCCUGAAAAUCAGCAAAAUUUUUCGAUGAGAAAGUAGAAUGUUCCCUUAAAUGUCCGCAAUACUUCAAAACGGGUAUUUCAUUUCAUGAGUUGAAUAUUGUGAAGAAUUGUUCCUUAUAUACGAAUUGUGCGUUAUACUAACCAUGUGUUAUAUAUUAUAAUUUUGUGAAACUAUGUAAAUAUUUAUUUUGUUAACUUGUAUUAUUAUUUUAUGUUUAUCAUUCUACAUUUUUAUAUUAUUGAAAUAACAAUAUUUAUUAAAAAGGAAAUACAGUUAUUAUGUCAAUCGAA